AUGAGAACGCUUGUGCUUCUUGUUGUUGCCGCUGCCUCGACUGUCAGGGCUAACUCUUCGCCUCUGGUAAAUGUCUCCGUUUAUUCUGAGGCUCUGUGCCCGGAUUGCGACCGACUCACAGAGGGUGAAAUGAACGAAGCGGUCGAAAAGAUUGGAGAGAUCUUUUCGCUUCAUUUCGUGCCAUGGGGCAAUGCCUUGCUAAACCCUGAUGGUUCAUUCAAUUGCCAACACGGUGAAAUAGAGUGCGCAAUGAACACGUUGGAAGCGUGCGUGCUAAAGUACUAUCCAAGCAGGAGUAUGUGGUGGCCGUUCAUUGUCUGUUUGGAAGCUCAUGGAUACUCUCAGACAUGGGAAAUCGCACAAAAGUGUGCCGAGAAACAAAACAUGACGUGGACAGAAGUAAAGAAUUGUGCGGAAGGACCAAUGGGCAAACUUCUGGAACUGAUGUACUAUGAAGAGACUGCCUCACUAAACCCACCACACCAGUACACACCAUGGGUGUUGGUCAAUAACAAGCACAUCAAAGAGACACAUAUUAUCAAGAAGAUCUGUGCAGCCUAUCAAGGAGCAAACAAGCCCAAAGCCUGCAUGCAUACACAACAGUUUCCACCAAUCAAUGGAUGCUACAAGGAGCCAGUCGAGUAAUGCUGAAGAUAAUUCCAAUCAAGUAGCUAUAGCUAUACGCAUCAUGCAGCAAGGAACUCUUGUUAUCACGUGAUCUGAUUAGUUCGAAUCUCACAUAUUUUACCACUUUGUCACGUGAUUUGAUUUAAUAGUUUGAAUUUCACAUAUUUACAUUUGCUAGUGAUGUAUUGUGCAGUAAGAAACUCUUGUUAACAUCACGUGAUCUGACUAAUUUGAAUCUCUUAUUACCAUUUUAUCACGUGAUUUGAUUUAAUAGUAUUUACUAGUGAUACAUAUUGUGCAACAAGAAACUCUUGUUAACAUCACGUGAUCUGAUUAGUUUGAAUCUUUAUUACCAUUUUAUUACGUGAUUUGAUAUAAUAGUUUGAAUUUCACACUUUUG